GAGAGCGGGCGGGCGCCGGGGGCAGGCGGGCGGGAAGCCAGGCGCACGGAGGGGGCGCGGGGCCAGCCCGGCGGCCCGGGCGCUGCAGCCCGCGGCGUCGGGGCCCCGGCCUUGGCCCUCGGCGCGUCCCUCGCACCGGGGUUCUGCGCCCAGGGCGCACGGCGGGGAGGGACGCGGCACCGGCCGCCAUGGAGCCGUCCCCCUCUGCGGACGCCGAGCUGCAGCCCCCGCUCCUAGCCAACUCUUCAGACGCCUUCCCCAGCGCCUUCCCCAGCGCCGGCGCCAAUGCGUCGGGGCCGCCGGGCGCCCGGAGCGCCUCGUCCCUCGCCCUGGCUAUCGCCAUCACCACGCUCUACUCGGCCGUGUGUGCCGUGGGGCUGCUGGGCAACGUUCUUGUCAUGUUUGGCAUCGUCCGGUACACUAAGAUGAAGACAGCCACCAACAUCUAUAUCUUCAACCUGGCCCUGGCAGAUGCACUGGCCACCAGCACACUGCCCUUCCAGAGUGCCAAGUACCUGAUGGAGACGUGGCCCUUUGGAGAACUGCUCUGCAAGGCUGUGCUCUCCAUUGACUACUACAACAUGUUCACCAGCAUCUUCACACUCACCAUGAUGAGUGUCGACCGCUAUAUUGCUGUCUGCCACCCUGUCAAGGCCCUGGACUUCCGCACACCUGCCAAGGCCAAGCUGAUCAACAUCUGCAUCUGGGUCCUGGCCUCAGGUGUUGGUGUACCCAUCAUGGUCAUGGCCGUGACCCGCCCCCGGGACGGGGCAGUGGUAUGCACCCUCCAGUUCCCCAGCCCCAGCUGGUACUGGGAUACGGUGACCAAGAUCUGCGUGUUCCUCUUCGCCUUCGUCGUGCCCAUCCUCAUCAUCACCGUGUGCUACGGCCUGAUGCUGCUGCGCCUGCGCAGCGUGCGCCUACUCUCCGGCUCCAAGGAGAAGGACCGAAGCUUGCGGCGCAUCACGCGCAUGGUGCUCGUGGUGGUGGGCGCCUUCGUGGUGUGCUGGGCGCCCAUCCACAUCUUCGUCAUCGUCUGGACGCUGGUGGACAUCGACCGCCGCGACCCGCUCGUGGUGGCCGCGCUGCACCUGUGCAUCGCUCUCGGCUACGCCAACAGCAGCCUCAACCCCGUGCUCUACGCCUUCCUCGACGAGAACUUCAAGCGCUGCUUCCGCCAGCUCUGCCGCAUGCCCUGCGGCCGCCGGGAGCGGAGCAGCUUUAGCCGCGCCCGCGAAACCACGGCCCGCGAACGGGUCACCGCCUGCACCCCGUCCGACGGUCCCGGCGGGGGGGCUGCCGCGUGACCGCGCCGGCCCGCCCCGCCGCCGUCCUCCUACUCCCCGGGGUGACCUGGCCGACUCCCCGGGCUCGCAGGGGGCGGGGCCGCGACGCGGAGUGGGGCGAACAGGGCCCCUGUUUUGGAGAAGGGGGCCCGUGCUGGGGCGGAGGCAGGGGCCGAGAGA